CUUGGAUUUUGCUGCCGCAAGAUGACUCAGUUGACGCCGAAUGCUGUGGCGACGCUACACAACCGCCAGAACCCUGAUGGUUUUGAGCCUUGGGUGCAAGUGAUCGAUCUGAAGAAGAUCAACUCGGCUUCAGGGAAAGGCGGUGACCGCUACCGAUUGGUGUUGUCCGAUGGGCAGUACUACAUGAGCGGAAUGCUCUCGACGCAACUCUCGUCGACACUUGAAGACGGGAGUCUAGCGGUCAACUACUUCGUUCGUCUCAAGGACUACGUGGGCAACACCGUUCAAAACAGAAAGUGUGACGUCAACUUUGUGUUCCCACCGCGUUUUACUUACCACUGUCUAGGAUUUUGAUUGUUUUGGGGAUCGCCGAAAUUCAACCUGGGUAUGAGCGAGUUGGAGCCCCCGAAAGUAUUGACAAGGCAGGUGGGGCUCCUGCUGCUGCUCCUGCAGCACCGAUGCACCACGUUCCCGCCCCCUCGUUGUACCAAGCUCCUCCGGCAGCCGUCGUCCCAACUUACCAAGCUCCUGCCCCUCAAUCUACGUAUCUUCCACAUCAAAGUACCGCGCCUCAAACCGCUCCUCGCAGCAACCCGUACCAAAAGUCAACUACGCCAAUGAAGAACCACGCCCCUGUAGUUCGUGAAGACCCUGGCAUGCGUAUUUCUGACAUUGCAUCCCUCAAUCCUUACUCUGGUGGUCGAUGGACGAUUAAGGCCCGAGUGACCUCUCGUUCGCCUGUGAAGAACUGGACAAACGCCCGCGGUCAAGGAAAGCUCUGCAGCGUGGACUUGUUGGACGCCAAGGGUGGAGAAAUCCGCGCCACGCUCUUCAACGACGCAGUUGAUGCGUUCUACGACCGAUUGAUUCCAAACGGUAUCUUCUACUUUUCCGGUGGCAAGAUCAAGAUGGCGAACCGAAAGUUCUCAGCCAUUAACAACGAUUACGAGGUCACGUUUGACACGUCGUCGGACAUUAUCGCGGCGCCAGAUGACCAUGCAAUUCAGGCUGUUUCGUACAACUUCAAACCUAUUGCAUCAAUUGAGGCACUCCCCGCUGAAUCCACAAUCGACUUGAUUGGAAUUGUCAAACAUGUCGGGCCAUGCACAGAACUGACGUCAAAGGCGGGCAAGCAACUCCAGAAACGCGACUUCACCAUGGUCGACGAUACACUGGCCGAAAUCAAGGUCACUGUGUGGAGUGAACGCGCGACCGACCCUGCAUGCGAUAGCUGGACUAACCAAGUAUUGGCCAUCAAGGGGUGCCGCAUCAGCGACUAUAGCGGACGUACAAUUGGCACGUUUUCGUCGACGAGUUUUGUGACGAAUCCCCCGCUCCCUGAAGCGGCCAGGCUUUUGUCGUGGUAUAGCGCGGGCGGUGCGUCCACAAGCACCAAAUCGUUGAGUGGUGGCGGUAGCGGAGUCGGCGGUGGCAUGGGGCCAUUCGAUCAACGCUCCAACAUCGCUGACAUCAAGGAGAAACGAUUGGGGUAUGGCCAAAAGCCUGACUAUAUCACUGUCAAGGGUACGGUGAGCUUCAUCAAACACGACGCUGGGGUGUGGUACCAAGCUUGUGUCAAAUGCCAGAAGAAGGUCGUGCCUGAUGCGGCACAGAAUUUCAACUGCGAAAAGUGCCAGACCGUGUAUGCCAGCUGCGAGAAUCGAUACAUUUUGUCGAUGGUGAUCCAAGACACGUCGGGGUCGACGUGGACAUCGUGCUUUAACGACCAGGGCAAGAUUGUGAUGUUGGGCAAGUCGGCGGACGAACUGGCCGAGCUCAAGGACACCAACAUGGGUUUGUUUGAAGGAAGUUUCAAAGCCGCGCAAUUCCGACCGUACUUGUUCCGCAUGCGAUGCAAAGCCGAGCCCCUCAACGACGAAGUACGUGUGAAGGCGCAGAUUGUCAACUUGGAGCCGCUGAAUUACGUGACGGAAUCGGCCGAACUGCUCGACGCCAUUGAAAAGUUUGCAUAGAUGCAAGCGACGUGGACGAAUGUAGGGAUAGACCCCACGACCACGUCGACUUGAAGGUGAUCGAGUAAUAUGCAUCAACUGCCAUCGAGUCGUGUCG